AGUUUCAUUCACACACUGAACAAGCAACUGGGUCACCACAUGAGUUUCGCGAUUUUUAAUCACGGUUCGAUUUAGUGCAGUGUGUAAAAUUAACAUGAAUAAAAUAUUUUCCUCAAAAUUUCCAUAAUAUAUUUGUAUAAAUGUAAAAGUAGAAAAUGUCAAAACCGCUCUUCUUCCGCCUGGCUGGCACCGUGAUUUUGACAAUUUGGUGGAAAAUAAUUCUGCUCGCACUCUACACCGGAAGUGUGGUUUCGUUCUAUCUUUAUCUCAACCUUCCACCGGAUCUUGGAGUGGAAAAGGCAUCAAUAACGACGCUCGUUUCUCGGGAUGAUGACGACCAUCACCACGACCAUGACCAUCCAAGGGUCGAAUUUCCUCAAAUUUUGGUCCCCGUGCUGGGCGUGGUGACCGGGUUGCUCCUCGUGUUCAGGACAAACACGGCGUAUGACCGGUAUUGGGAGGGGAGGAGGACGUGGAGCACGAUGACGGUGGCGAUAAGGACGCUGACGAGGUGCAUCUGGGUCAUGGUGGCGUCAGAAGGAACGGCGAAGGAAGUGGUAGAAAAGACAAGUGCGAUUAAUCUGCUAAUUGCGUUCGCAUAUGCGACAAAGAACUAUUUGAGGGAGGAGUACAGUUAUGAAGAGCCGGAUCUGUACCAUUUAAUUCGUCAUAUCCCAAGAUUCUCAAAACCGUCCACCAACAUGGCAUGGGAUGUUCGGAAGGGAAAUAUUUCGGACAAAUUGGCCACCCCUCAAAGUCAGGAGGGUCGUUCUAACAGACGAGCUGCAUUAGCCAGACAAUUGUCUUUGACAGCUUAUGCAGUCGUGACACCAACAAACAUUCCGAUCGAGUUGAGCUAUUAUAUCGCCUCGUACAUUAAAAAGGUUAAUGAUGGAGGCAUGAUUGACUCUGCGUCCUUGACACAAAUGAAUAACGCUCUUACCAGUCUGGUGGAUAGUCUCACCGUUUUUGAGCGGAUUCAGAGGACUCCGAUCCCCUUGGCGUACUCGGUGCAUCUGAAUCAAGCCGUGUGGCUGUACCUACUCGUCCUUCCGUUCCACGUGGUCGGAGAGUUGGGCUGGUUCACGGUACUGGCAGUGAUGCUGGCGUCCUUCGCCUUGUUGGGAUUGUUGGGGAUUGGAAAUGAGAUUGAAAACCCGUUCGGGUAUCAUCCCAAUGAUUUGCCAUUGGACGACUUCUGUAAAGUGAUCCAAGUCGAAAUUCAGACCAUAAUCGGCUAUCACAUUCGUAAUCCGGAUAUCUGGAUUUUAUCCAAGCAUAACCGUCCCCUGGGUCGCGAGUCUGGUCUCUCUGCGCCCGAACUGAUCAAAAUGGAAGAGCCCGAAGUUCAGAACUUGUUGACGAGUAAGGCCCUCCGACUCUCCAGAAUGGGACUGGACAAGAUUAUUGAAGAGGAGGAGGGUGCCUUAAUGGAAGUCGUGGUUGUCGAUGGUCCCCCGGAGGACGGGGGUAAAGAUGACAUUGAUGGGGAUGAGAAGGACGGGGAAAUCAUUAAUUUAAAACGUGCGAGUGUUAAAAAGAGACAUUGACAUUAUGUAAUAAAAUGUUACUUAACUUAACCUUACAAUGUAAAUAAAUAUGUAAGUAAACUAAAGGGUGUUAAUAAAGUCCGAUCCCAUGCA